AUGGUGUUUUGCGAGGAACUCGAAGAGCGCAGUGGCCAAGGUGUGAGAUUGGGCUUUGUUUGCACGAAUAAGAAUUGUAGUCUCAUUCAGAUGCCUUUCAACUCCUCAAGUAAAUUGGGAAAGCUUUUUGAUAUCAACAGAGCGUUUACCCUUGCUUUUCGAGUGAUUGGAAGGGGACAACUGACAGCUGCAAAAACGUUGAGCAAUUUAGGUCUACCAAAGCCCUCAAGCAAGCCGGUUUGGUGUGAAAACACCAAAAUAAUAGCCGAUGCAUGCAGUGAACUUGUUUGCGAAGAACUAAAACAUUCAGCCAGGGAACUGAAGGAGCUAUUGGGGGCUGAUGGCGAAGGAUACUGUACCACAGCUGUUUCUUUUGAUGGAUCGUGGUGCAGCCGCAGAUGGUCUGCGCGAGACGGAGUUGUUGCCAGGAUCUCACUCAAAACAGGAAACGUUCUGGAUGUCAUUCAUCUUAG